AAUAUUAUGUUUCAAUAGCAUUGACUUCGUGCCCUGCGUCAGAAAAUGUACUGAUCGAUAAAUUUGGUUUAAAAACACCCCCAACAUUGCCCAACCUUGCUUAAAGUUACCACAUUGUUGGUUUAAUUUCCAUCACUGUUGGUCAAACAUUGACCAACGAUUGGGAAGAGUUUGCCCAAAGUUGGGAAGUUGAUAUUUGCACCAGCAUUGGGCAAAAUAGCAACCCAAACGUUGAUCAACCCUUUACAGUGAAUAUUUUUGUCACUCCAAGAAAGUGCGUGUUGCCACAGUUGAUAAUUUCUACUGUAAAAAUCAGUUUUCCUGGUUAUAAAUGCAGAUUAAUAAUGAGACGGGGGGGGUCCGUUUUGCAGACGUGUUGGGCACAGGCUCUGCCAAGUAUGACAAAUAUUAAGCUUCGAUUAGCUAUGCAGAAUGCCCAGGUCAUGUGCACUAUACUGUGGCUAUACGAUCUGAUGAAACACAGAAUUCGAACUAACUCAGGGUACACACUAUAGCGCUGGUAAUUGUGCGACAGGGGAAUCGGUAAAACCGAGCGCUGAAUGAGCAAGCAGAAUUCAGCCUGGAUGGCUCGAUCGUAGCCGAAACUCACUGAGGCAGUUGCUGCUACACUGACUGAAGCUGCUUCAAAGCAAGUAUUUUACUUUGGAUCAUGUAUGUGAUGACAUACACAACCCCUGUGUUUGUAAGGCUCUACCAGAACUUCAAACUUGUUCAUUUGUACAGUAUUACACCUCACACAGGGGGCAGCACUGUUCUUGAUUAAAACAAUAUUAUGGGUGCUGGUAUCCUGUGUAAGAAACUUAUUAAGCGCAAGAAAAAGGUGUCACGUUUUUCUUGAAAAUCGACGUAUUCGGGACGUUGUUGACGUAUGGGGUCUGAAAUACUGAGUGGACUAAGUUAAUUGGUUUGUUCUCACGAGCUAUGCGUGCAUUCUCCCUACGCUGAGCCAAUGGUUCACAGUGCGGCGAUCUUAUCAUUGCGCUCAACACAUUGCGGUCUGAACGGCAGUGUGGUCGGUACAUUUGUAAGCCAUAGUAUGCGGUGUGACCCCUGGUAACCAUGCGCUUCCACGCCAUUCUGGUAUCCUUGCGGAUUCUAACCUGGGCUGGUCUGGCAUUAAUCAUGCUAAUGGUCGCACACCGCGAGAAUCCUACACUGCGUGAUGCCCUCGUCUCCAUGGUAAAGGCAAAAGCGGAACAACGGCCAGCGUUUGUUGACAGCUUGCCUGCGCUGGUGAAUGCGACCUUGCCUACGACGCCCACAUCAGCUAUCGCGUCGGUGAUUAAAACAUUUUCUUCUUUCCAAGACGAGACAUUGUUCAUGUACCAGAAGUACAUUCUGCCCAAGUGGAAACUUCGACCGCGCCGUGUAGACAAAAUCAGGAGAGAAAUAUUCGAGUCUUCAGAUUCCGCCACUAUUGACCAAUUUGUUCUGACACAGCAAAACACGAAUUCGGCAACACCGUUGCCAUUUUAUGCUAAAAACUUGGGUUUUCAUGGUAUCCUUUACAAACCCAAGCCAGACCUUCUGAAGUUUUUGCCCAAGGGGCCUAUAUUUCCUAAAGGCACCCUUCUUAAUAAAUGCAGUGUGGUUGGAAACGGGGGUAUUCUCUUGCGAAGUGCUUGCGGGAAAGAAAUUGAUUCGGCGGAUUACGUACUGAGGUGUAAUCUGGUGCCAAUACGGAAAUUUGGAGUCGAUGCUGGAUUCAAAACCAAUCUCACCACGAUGAAUCCCAGUAUUAUGGCCACAAGAUACAACGGUUUUCGUUUUGCCGGCGAUGUCAAAAGAUUCCAGGAAGACUUGCAUGAGUACAGGGGUCAUCUGUUCCUUCCCUGCAUGAUCCAAGGCGCUGUCUUGAAGACCUGCAUCUCUAAGCUCUUACCGGCCAUACUUGAGGGACACAAGCACAGCAGAUUGGCGUCAGUAACGAUCGGGAACCCCAAACACUUGCUAGGAAUUCUGGAGAUGUGGAGGCCUGCUGGAAUUGCCUACAUGUCGACAGGAUUUUAUCUGGCACAAACAGCACUAACCCUGUGCAAAGAGGUCCACCUGUACGGCUUCUGGGCCUUCAACAGGACUUGGUACCCCAUCCCUAAAACCCUCAAGUAUCACUUCUUCGACGAGAUGGUGAAGAGCAACUCCCACAAGUUUAACAACGAGUUCCAGAUACUCUGGCAGCAGCACGCGGAGGGGAUCUUGAAAAUUCAUCCGGAUGACUGCGAGGAUCCAGAUUAUUAGCAGCCGAGGGAGGUUAGCACGGAAGCGAUUUGCAUGCUUGGCGAAAGUUGACCGGUGUUUUGGAAGGACACCAUGAAAAGUCAGAAGUCAGGCCAACCAUGCAGUCUUUAAGUUAUUAGUUGUUCACGAACACAUUGUGACCAAAAGAAAAUCGAGUAUUUUGAGUACUCGCGUGUUUUGUGAGAAGUUGAAAAACGGCCAAGAAUCAGGAAAAACUACUACAAUAUCAUGUACUAGCCUACCUGAAAGCUGACAACACUUGUCACAGAAUAGGCUGGUUGAUUUUAUAUUUGUUGUAGUUAUUAUGUUCGCCACGUCAUGUUUUUAACACAAAUGGUUUGGCGAGAUAAAUGUGUUUGUUAAUUUAAAAAGAAUCGUGCAAGCUUUGAUUGUGAGCCGUUUUACAAAAUUAACUUUUGACUAUGUUUAAAUGUUUAAAUCGUUAGUAAGCAGGUUUUGAAAUGAUU